ACAGGGAAAGGGAGAUUCGUCAUCAGCUAUUCUUCUUUCUCUUUCUCUCUCUCUCUCUCUCUCUCUCUCUGAAUCAAGAAACAAUCUUUCGAUCCAGCGCGCGUCUUCUCUCUGCGUUUUUUCUUUCUCUUCUCUCUCUCUCUCUCUCUAUCUCUUCGAACUGUGCGAUUCGACUUGGACUCAGCUCGGACUCGGACUUGACUCGGUCGUCAAUCUCUCGACUCGCCGGGAGCUUCGCCAAUUUCACUUGGUUUUCUAGCGGAGGAGAGUUGGGAUUGGUGAACUGGAAUUCUCGCGUGGAAGUAUGAGCAUCUUCAGCCCUGGCGAAGGAGGAGACAAUUCGUAGGGUUUGGUUUUGCCGGGUUUCGGGGGAGGGAUAACUCUGACCUCUCCAUGGGCAAUGGCGGAGUUGCAUGUGUGCCUUCGCAGCAUAUCAUGGACCGUUUUUCGACUUGUAGAAGCAAAAGCAAUGGCACCAACAACAACAACAAAAAAUUCACUUCAUCUACUACGCCUUCAAAGCUCGUGAAGGCUAAUGCGAAAAUGAAGCCACAUAAAGAAAAAGGAGGUGGGGAAUUGAGUGGGAAAAGUGAAAGUAAAGAAGUUGAGAGUAAUGGUGAUGCUGUGAGUGAUGAAAUUGAGGAGGGUGAACUUGGUACCUUGCCUGUUGAGCAUGAGGUCCUGGUUUCUGAGAACCCAGUUCAGCGUAAAUAUGAAAUAAGGAGUGAAAUUGAGAAGGGAGAUGUUGUGGUUGACAAGUGGAGAAGAGGAGGGGAGGCUCAGAAGAGUGAGUUUGCCAAUGGGAAAUGGCGGAAGGGAAUGUCUAGAAGGAGCGAGGUAGAUAAGAAUGACCGUGGCUAUGAAUUGGAGAAAGGUGAGUUUGUACCUGAUGAUAGGUGGCGAAAAAGCGAAGUCCUUGCAAAGGAUGAUUACAGCUAUCCAAGGCCACGCAGGUAUGAUACCUUGAAGGACAAGGGUUGGAAGGGGGAGCUUGAAUGGACACCACCUCCUACUACCAAGGACAAGGGAUUGAGAAAUGAUUGUGAGUGGACGCCACCUUCUGAUAAGUAUUCUGGUGAGAAAGAAUUCAAUAAAAGUGGCGGGGUUCAGCAUGGGAAGAGGUCUUCCAGAUAUGAAUCUAACUGCAUCCAAGAGAGGAAUCCACGGAUCAGCUCUAAAAUUGUGAACGAGGAAGCUUCCUUCAAGAAUGAGCUCAGCAAUGGCAAAACGCAUGCAAGAGAAUACUCAUCUGGCAAUCGUCUAAAGCGUCAUGGAACUGAUUCAGACAGCAGUGACAGAAAAUACAGGGGUGAGUAUGAUGACUACUCAAGUUCUAAAUGCCGCAAACUUUCUGAUGAUGGCACUCGUUCUACAUACUCAACAGAGCACUAUUCACGCCGCUCUGUGGAGAGAUCAUACAGAAAUGCUUCUUCUGGUCGAGGCUCUGCCUCUGAGAGGCAUUCCUCCAGAAAUUAUGAUUCAUCUAGAGUAGCCCGUGAUAAGAAUAAUGAGAGUCCACAUCAUUCUGAGAGGUCCCCACACAGCCGGACCCGCCACCUUGAUUACCGGGAUCGGAGCCCUGCUCGCCGUGAUAGGUCUCCAUACCAUCGGGGUCAUCAUGAUGAUAACAGCAGAUCUCCAUAUGACCGCAGUCGUCAUUUUGAUCAAAGGAGGAGCCCCAGUUAUUCGGAGUGGUCCCCACAAGAUCAAGCUCGAUAUAAUGAUCGUAAGGACAGGAAUCCUAAUUUCCUGGAAAGGUCCCCACGUGAUCACGGUAGGUCCAGUAGUUAUAGGGAAACAUGUUGGAAAAGUGGGGCAAGCGAGAAGCGAGAGAGUCAUGUUGAAGGUAAACAGCAAGAGGAGAAGCCUAGCCCUAAGGAUCCCAGUGGAAGAGAUGAAAAUGUUUCUGUGAAAGAUUCUGAAGAUAGAAGCUAUCCAGACAACAAUAUUGGCUCAACUGACAAAUCUACUGUGCAACUGAUCCAAGGGGAAGAAUCACCUCAAUGUCCUGUAGUGGGUACCGUGGACUCUCUGAUGGAAAAUGGAGUUGUGGAGGAGGUUGGUUCCAUGGAAGAAGACAUGGACAUAUGCAAUACACCACCACAUGCCCCUGUGGCUGCAGAUGCAGUGUUGGGAAAGUGGUACUACCUAGAUCAAUUUGGUGUGGAGCAAGGACCUUCGAAUUUAUGUAACCUGAAAACACUUGUGGAAGAGGGCUUUCUUGUAUCUGAUCACUUCAUCAAGCACAUAGAUAGUGAGAGGUGGGUAACUGUUGAAAAUGCAGUUUCCCCAAUAGUGAGUGCUAAUUUUCCCUCAAUUGUUUCAGAAACUGUGACCCAAUUGGCCAGUCCUCCUGAGGCUCCUGGUAAUAUCUUGGCAGAUAAUGGUGAAUUAUCACAAACUGGCUUCCAGCCUAGUGAAUACACGAUUGAUAAAGUUUCAGUGCCAGCAUUGUGCUCUGUAGACAGUCUCACUGCAUCUCAUUCUUUUGAAGAUCUUCAUAUUGAUGAAAGGGUUGAUGCAUUACUAAAGGGUAUUACUGUUAUCCCUGGAAGGGAACUUGAGGCUGUUGGAGAAAUGCUGAAAUUGAGUUUUGAGCAUGGAGAAUGGGAGAGAUGGAGUGGUAUUGAAGGUUUCACUUGGCACCAAUCUCAUAUAGGCGACUACUCUGAUGAUAGAAGUGGUGAGGGUGUGUCUGAGUCUUUGCCAAAAGAACCCGCAGAAUUGAGGCCCUCUUUGGCAGCAUUAUCUGAUGUAGAUAAUGUAUUUUCCUACACUGACAUUGAUGAGUGGUUUUCUGGACACUGGUCAUGCAAGGGUGGCGAUUGGAAGAGGAAUGAUGAAGCUUCUCAAGACAAAUCAUGGAAAAAGAAACUUGUUCUAAAUGAUGGGUAUCCUCUUUGCCAGAUGCCCAAAUCUGGGAAUGAAGAUCCAAGAUGGCACGAAAAGGAUGAAUUGUAUUAUCCUUCACAGAGCCGGAGGCUUGAUCUACUUUCCUGGGCUUUUACCUCUCCAGAUGAGUGGAAUGAUUGUAACCCUGCAACCAGAUCUGCUCAAAUUAAGCCUGCCAGUCUUAGGGGUGUGAGGGGAAUGGUCCUUCCUGUAAUCAGGAUAAAUGCAUGUGUGGUUAAGGACCAUGGCCCAUUUGUGUCUGAGAGCCGCACAAAGGUUAGAGCAAAGGAAAGAUUUCCUCCCAGGUCUGCCCGGCCAUAUUCGGUGAGUCGUGAUUCAAAGGGGUUAUCUGAAGAAGGUUUUUCUUGCAAGAACAUGCAAGAAACAGAUUCACAUGGUACCCACAAGAGUAUCUUGCCCUUGAGUAUACCAAAAGAUCACAUUUGCACAGCUGAUGAGUUGCAUUUGUCAAUUGGUGAUUGGUACUACCUUGAUGGUGCUGGGCAUGAAAAAGGGCCUUUUUCAUUUUCGGAGUUGCAGGUAUUGGUUGAUCAAGGUGUCAUUAAGAAACAUAGCAGUGUCUAUAGAAAAGUAGAUAAGAUUUGGGUUCCAGUUAGUUUUUGUGUUGAGACUCAUGAUCAGUUGAAGGUUCGCCAAAAGAAUCAUGCAAAGUCAAAGGACAUUUCUGGAGCCACCCUUUCAAAGUUGAAUGAUAUGGUAGGUGGAAGCAGUGGUGUUUUGAGUACAUUUCAUGCUCUGCAUCCCCAGUUCAUUGGGUUCACUCAAGGUAAACUCCACGAGUUGGUAAUGAAGACUUACAAGAGCAGAGAGUUGGUUGCUGCUAUUAAUGAGGUCUUAGAUCCCUGGAUCAGUGCUAGGCAACCAAAGAAAGAGUUGGAAAUCUUUCAGAAAUCAGAUCAAUUUCGUGCUAACAAAAGAGCCAGGAUUGAUGGAAGUGAAGACGAGUAUGAAUUGGAUGAUGAUAUAUUAACCAUUAAAGGGGAUGAAUGCCCAUUUGAGGAUUUAUGUGGCAAUGCAACAUUCAACAAAGAUACAAGUACUGAGUCCCAACUUGAAAGGCAGAGCUGGGGGUUGCUUGAUGGUCAUGUACUUGCUAGGGUGUUUCAUUUCCUUAAAGCUGAUAUAAGAUCUCUUGUUUAUGCUGCUUCUGCUUGUAAACACUGGAGAUCUGUUGUAAAGUUCUACAAGGACAUCUCAAAGCAGGUUGACUUGUCUUCUGUUUCUCCCCACUGCUCAGAUUCCAUGAUCAGCAGCGUAAUGAAUGGUUAUAAUGAACAGAAGAUUAAUUCCUUGGUUCUACGUGGCUGCACCGCUAUUACCUCUAGUAUGCUUGAGGAUAUUCUUCAGUCAUUCUCCUCAUUAUUGACUAUAGAUAUUAGAGGUUGCUAUCAGUUUGAAGAUUUGUGUCUUAAAUUUCCAAAUAUUAAAUGGAUCAGAAGCCAGGGUCAAAGUUUGAAAUUAAAAUCCCUCAAGAAUUUGGCUGAGACAUCAUCUCGCAUAGAUGAGUCAAGUGGGCUUAGAGACUAUUUGGAAAGUUCAGAAAAGAGAGACUCGGCCAAUCAGUUAUUCCGUCGAAGCUUGUAUAAACGUUCAAAAGUUUUUGAUGCAAGAAAGUCCUCUUCCAUCAUGUCCCGAGAUGCCCAUUUGAGGCGCCUGGCAAUGAAGAAGUCUGAAAAUGGUUACAAGAAAAUGAGGGAAUUUCUUGCUUCAAGCCUGAAGGAGAUAAUGAAAGAAAAUGCCUUUGACUUUUUUGUUCCAAAGGUUGCAAAAAUUGAAGAGAGAAUUAAGAGUGGAUACUAUGGCAUCCAUGGGCUGAGAUCUGUCAAAGAAGAUAUUAGUCGGAUGUGCCAUGAUGCACUAAAAGUGAAAAAUCGGGGUGAUUCCAAAGGAAUGAAUCGCAUUAUUGAGUCAUUUAUAUGUCUUGCUACGAGGUUGGAAGAAGGUCCAAUAUCAUUUUAUAGACACGAGUCACCAAGAACAUCAAAGGAUGGCUCACCUCCAGGGUUCUCAUCCACUACUUCGAAGUAUAGAAAGAUUCUCAAUAAAGCCAGUGAAAAGAAGUACAGUAACGGUAGUAAUGGACCUAACUUCGUUAAUGGUGUAUCUGACUAUGGUGAAUAUGCUUCUGAUCGAGAAAUAAAAAGGCGCUUAUCUAAGCUGAAUGUAAAAUCAUUACGCUCAGGGAGUGAAACAUCUGAUGGUUUCGACCAAUCUUCUGAUGAAAGCAUGACUGAUAGUGAGAGUUCUGCUUCAGAAACAGAAAGUGAUUUGGAACUACGAUCAGAAGGUGGGACUUUGGAAUCUAGAGGAGACACAUAUUUUACUUUAGAUGAUGGCUUUGAUUCCUUCGUUGAUGAUCGUGAAUGGGGUGCUCGAAUGACUAAGGCAAGCCUUGUUCCUCCGGUUACUAGGAAGUACGAGGUCAUUGAUCAUUAUGUUGUUGUAGCUGAUGAAAAAGAAGUAAAAAGAAAGAUGCUUGUUUCCCUACCAGAGGAUUAUGACGAGAAGCUUAAUGCCCAACGGAACGGCAUAGAGGAGUCUGAUAUGGAAAUUCCUGAAGUCAAGGAUUAUAAACCUCGAAAGUGUCUUGGGGAUGAGGUGAUAGAGCAGGAAGUAUAUGGGAUUGAUCCCUACACUCACAAUCUUCUGCUUGAUUCCAUGCCAGAGGAAUCUGAUUGGCCUCUCCUUGAUAAACAUAUAUUUAUAGAAGAUGUGCUUCUACGAACUCUGAACAGGAAAGUUAGGGACUUCACAGGUAGUGGCAACACUCCUAUGAUUUAUCCUCUGAAACCUGUCUUUGAAGUGAUCCUUGAAGAAGCCGAGGGAAAUCAGGACAAGAGAACUGCAAUACUAUGCCAGGUCAUCUUGAAGGCAAUUGAUAAUCGUCCCCAGGACAAUUAUGUUGCUUACAGAAAGGGACUUGGAGUGGUUUGCAACAAAGAAGGUGGCUUUAGCCAGGAGGAUUUUGUUGUUGAGUUCCUUGGAGAGGUUUAUCCUGCAUGGAAGUGGUUUGAGAAGCAAGAUGGCAUCCGAUCAUUGCAGAAGAAUAACAAAGAUCCUGCCCCAGAAUUUUACAACAUAUAUCUCGAAAGGCCAAAGGGUGAUGCUGAUGGGUAUGAUCUAGUUGUUGUCGAUGCAAUGCACAAGGCAAACUAUGCAAGCCGAAUUUGUCAUUCAUGUAGACCUAACUGCGAAGCAAAAGUAACUGCUGUUGAUGGUCAGUACCAAAUUGGAAUUUACACUGUGCGCCCAAUAGCAUUUGGUGAAGAGAUCACCUUCGAUUACAAUUCUGUCACAGAGAGUAAAGAAGAGUAUGAAGCUUCUGUAUGUUUGUGCGGUAGCCAGGUCUGCCGUGGGAGUUACCUGAACCUUACAGGUGAAGGGGCCUACCAAAAGGUUAUAGAGCAGUAUCAUGGAAUACUUGAUAGACAUGGGCUGUUGUUGGAGGCAUGUGAACUGAAUUCAGUUUCUGAAGAGGACUAUAUUGACCUGGGCAAAGCUGGGCUUGGAAGUUGUUUACUUGCGGGGUUGCCAGAUUGGUUGAUUGCAUAUUCAGCUCGUGUGGUGAGAUUCAUCAAUCUUGAGAGGACGAAACUUCCUGAUGAGAUUCUUAGGCAUAAUUUGGAAGAGAAGAAGAAGUACUUCUCUGAGAUUUGCAUGGAAGUGGAGAAGAAUGAUGCUGAAAUUCAGGCCGAGGGUGUUUACAAUCAGAGGCUUCAGAACCUCGCUCUUACUCUUGAUAAGGUGAGGUAUGUAAUGAGAUGUGUCUUUGAUGAUCCAAAAGAAGCCCCUCCUCCAUUAGAGAGGCUUAGUCCUGAGGCAGUAGUCUCUUUCAUCUGGAGAGGAGAGGGAUCACUUGUAGAGGAGCUUCUUCAAUGCUUGUCCCCUCAUUUGGAAGAAAGUGGGCUGUUGUAUGACCUCAAGGCCAAGAUUCGUGCUCGGGAUCCAUCUCGGUCAGGUGACAUUAUCAGGGAGCUUAGGAAAUCUUUACUAUGGUUGAGGGAUGAGGUCCGGAAUCUACCAUGUACAUACAAAUGUAGGAAUGAUGCUGCUGCUGACUUGAUUCAUAUAUAUGCUCACACAAAGUGCUUUUUUAGAAUAAAAGAAUACAAGACUGUAACCUCUCCUCCUGUUCACAUCAGUCCUCUUGACCUUGGACCCAAGUAUGCUGAUAAGCUAGGACCCGGUGUGCACGAAUAUUGUAAGACAUAUGGUGAGAAUUAUUGUUUGGGGCAAUUAAUUUAUUGGCAUAAUCAAGCAAAUGCCGAGCCGGAUAAUAGCCUAGCUAGGGCAAGCAGGGGUUGCUUGUCAUUACCCGAAGUUGACUCUUUCUAUGCAAAAGCCCAGAAGCCUUCACGGCAGCGUGUUUAUGGCCCCAGGACAGUCAAGUUUAUGCUAUCGAGGAUGGAGAAGCAGCCACAGAGAGCAUGGCCGAAGGAUCAGAUAUGGUCAUUCAAGAGUAACCCAAAAAUUGUUGGCAGUCCUAUGCUAGAUGCGAUUUUGCACAAGACCUCCAUAGAUAGGGAUCUAGUGAACUGGUUAAAGAACCGACCCGCCAUUUUCCAGGCCACAUGGGAUCGAUGAAAUUUUGCAGGCAGGCAGGCAUUGGGGAGAGGCAGCAUGAGGCUUGUUGUUAAGGUGUUUGAUUGAUUAGGGUUUGUUUUUGCUUCCUCAUUGUUUGAUAGGGUAGGCACUACUAGUCAGAGAAAGGUCCCCUUUAGUCAGGGUGUGGGUUAUUCCCGGCCUUGUGCUGCUUCCAUUGUCUAUUCUUGUGUACAGUUUUAUUUCUCUAUUUUUCAUUCUUUUUUCACAGUUUUAUAAUAUGUAAUUCUUCAUCAGUUAGGGGUAAUUCUGUUUUAAUUUCUUUCUAAAUUCUAAUUCAAUGAAAAUAUCACGACCAAAA